GAUGAUCUCCAGUGCAGGCACAAGCUCGCAGCUCAAGCGGCCAUGGCGAUGGCGACGGCGAUGGCCUCCACCACCUCUUCAACCAUGGCACUCCACCGCACUGCGCUCGCCAACUCUGUGCUCUGCUCCUCGCUUUCAGUAGCUCCUCUGCGUUCCGCCAGUUUAGUCAAUGUUUUCGGUGCCGAGGGUCUAUCUUUCAGGCGUGGGAGGGAGGCUCGGAGCAUUUCUUUCAAACGCUACGCUAAGUUCCAGCAGUUUAGUCAGGACGCGGCGGAAGAGAUCGUUCCAGAGUUAAACGAAUCUCCAGAGGCAGAACAAAAUGAUGCCGAGCAGAUAUUGCCGCAAAAUCUAGAGACUGCCAUGAUUCAUGCCGGUGAAUCCACUGGGCUUUACAUCAAUUCUGGUGGAACACGCGUGAUAGCAGAAUUGCUCGUACCGGAGUUGGUGAAUCUAGACGAGGAUGGUGCUCAACAACGAGUUUGGGAUCUUUCUAGAUUGUUUCUUGAUACCUUGCAAGAAACUGUGGGAGAGCAGCGUGUCAAAGCUAUUUUCCCAGAUGCUGGAGUAGCCGCUUUCGUGAAGUACCAAUGGAAAGACGUACCCUAUUCUUUUGGCAGUCUGAAUGAUAGGAGGCCUGUUUCGAACGAAGAUGAAAUAGUGGUACUGAUAUCUCCGGAUCAUCAAGGAUUACCUGAUGUUGAACGCAUCAACAGCACCCUUGCGGGGGAUGAUGAUACUCCUGCUAGGGCGAUGGUCAUGUUGAAUCCACGUCUCGUUAGUGGAGAUGUUGGAGUCGGUCUCAAUGUUAGGCGUAUGCGUGAACGCCUUCUCAGCAAGUUUACCACAGUAUAUUCAGUUGCACCACGACCAGAAGCAACCAUCUUUAGGCAAUAUCCAGGGCUGUGGCAGAUAUUUACAGAGGAUAGCAAGCAACCUGGUCGUCUGAUACUGGCAAAGGAGCAACCAAGUCGACCAACCUUGGAUGACAUUGAUAUGUUGCUUUUAGGGGGAGGAAGUGGUGAAGAUGGUGAACCAGAACCGUCAGCCUUGGCAAAUGCUGUUGGCAUCUUUGCCUCUUUUAACCGUUUUUUGCGUUCAAUUAGUCAGUAGUCUAUUUAAUUCCAUUUCUGUGAAUCACAAUCAUAAAAACAGCUUGCAUUUACACUUCUUUUCUCC